AUGGCCUACCAACAGAAUAUAUUGGAAUCCAGCUCGAUACCAAAUGACCUUCUCAUAGAUAAGCAUAUAAUAGAUCGAUUGAAAGACAUAGAUGAUUUGAAUUUUUUUCUCAAAACAGCUCCAAUCAAUUGGAAGCCAAACCAGGUUAUUAGAAGGUACUAUCUAAAUAGCGAACUUGGAUUCGUGUCUUGUGUCCACUGGAACCGAUUGUUCUACAUGACGGGGACAGAUAUAGUUAAAGUUUGCAUGUACCUAAUCGAGCAGUUUGGCCGGAAAAUCGUUCAUAGGAAAAAGUUCGAAGAAGGUAUUUUUUCAGAACUUAGGAAUUUGAAGUGUGGGAUUGAUGCCACUUUGGAGCAACCAAAGUCAAAGUUUCUUUCCUUCCUGUUUCAAAAUUUCUGUCUCAAGACUCAAAAGAAACAAAAGAUCUUUUUUUGGUUUAGUGUCCCGCAUACAAAACUAUUUUUGGAUGCAUUGGAGAAGGAUUUGAAGAGAGAACAAUGCCAGCAACAAGCAGCCACAGAGGCAGUGCGUGAACCUGCAUUGUCUUUCAAGCUGAACUUGGCCUCAGAAUUAAGUGUAUCUGAACAGCUGACAAGUUAUCUGGAACUGCUCAAGACUAAUGAGAUUCAUGAUGGUACUACUCCCGAGCAAGAGGAGUUCCAAGAAAAUGUAACCAGAAUGCAAUCCAUGAUAAAAAAUGAGAUAGAACGUAUAACAGAAGCUGGCUCAAGAAUGGAUACUAAUAACCAAGCUCAUCUUCCUAUACAGGUACCGUCACCUAUCAAUCCGGGUCAGAUAAUCCCACAGACACUAGUCCUAGAAUCGGACACAGAACUCGAUGCAAAUAAUGAGAAAGAAAACAAGGACCGAGAAGAAACCGACAGUAAUGCUUUUCUGGGUGACAAUCCCGGGAUAUUUGAAGAUCCUGUCGUUACUGGUACUAGUACAAAAACUAACGAUACAACAAAAAACGUGGUCGAGGAGGAUUUUCCCCUCGAUUAUUUCCCUGUAACAGUAGAAUAUCCGAUGUCACAGCCUCGACAAACAGUAGAAACAGGAAUACCGUCUCCAUCUAACAAUGCGGCAGUAGUGCCGGUAAGCAAUCCGCCUGAUACUGCCGUAUCAGAUAACCUUUCAGGUUUUGCAGAUAACGCGUUUGGUGCAUUUCAUGAGGAAGAAGAAGUUAUGCAAGAGAACAGGCCGCACUAUCUCGCAGAGCAGCCAUACUCAGAUUUGGCAUUGUUGGGCACAACCCCUCAUGUUAUGACGAAUAGGGAAUAUUACAACCUUGUACGGCAAAGACCGCAGCAUAUGAAUUUAAACCUCGGCUCUGUCAACAGGGGUGGGUAUGUAAAUGGGCAAGAAGAUAGAAGUGAAUGGGCAACAAGUAACUCUCCAAGAGGGAAGAGCAGUGGUAAUUUUGAAAAGGACAAAAUGGAACAAGUGGAUGGGUCCAUGUUUCCCUACCACCCACAGCAACAGGGUUACGAUUUCCCAUACCGAUACCCCGGUCCCAGCAGUAAUACAGGAACAUCUGUAAAUUACAAUGCAGGCAGGAACUCAAACAAUCAGCUCCAAGAUUUUGGGGGUGACCCAAAUGGUAUUAACUCUGACGUAUUUUUCGACCACAGAUACGACAUGAAUGUAGCUGACGGUAAAUAUUAUCCAGUUCAUGAAGAUCCUAAUACGUGGGCCACUAUGAUACAGUCGCAACCACUCACAAGGUCGCAGUACGCACUUCGGUAUUACAACAACGGGCAAUCUUCUACUACCCCAGUCACAAGUUUCAACCCAUAUCUAACAUCACCUUGGUUUCCGCAACACUCCGCUUCACAGCUCUACGGCAUAUCUCCGCAAAGACAUAAUAUGAUGUCACCACAAAGAUCUGCUAGAAUACCAAGUAAUCCCGAUAGCAAUUAUAGGAGCCCGUCACCGAUGUACGCGUCUUCAAUUAGGACCACUGUAAAACAACGUCCCAUCUCUUCAAAGAAGACCAGACCACUCAAGACGGGAAGGACACAGAGCCAAGCUCCCAAACCAAUCUCUUUGAAAGACAGUGAAUAUGACAGGUCGUAUAUUGUUAAGCGGGUCGAGCAACAAAUGGAACCGCAACAGCAGCAGCAGCAAAGACCCAACCGACAAAAAGGUAGUCGCAAAACGAAGAAAGGCGACGUCAACCGAUUCUCCAAUCCAGACGAUGAUGCAAACCUGUGUUUUCGUAAGUCUCAACAACCACACUGA